CCGCCGGUGUCUGUGGCGGCGGUGCUCCCCGCCGGAGGAAGCGGGGAGCGCUUGGGCGGCUGCACUCCGAAGCAGUUCUGCGCUCUGCUGGGGAGGCCGCUCGUUAGUUACACGGUGCGAGCCAUGGAAAGCUCUUUGAUGGCAUCUUGCCACGAACAGGCAUCAUCUAGUCCUUGGUCAAAUGUAAAAAGGUGUAUUUAGCUGGAAAGAGCAAAUAUCCCACCACCCCGGAGGGUACCAAGUGAUGAACCUUUUCUGAGAACUGGCGUCUUCUAAAAUAAGGGACAUCUGGAAAACAUUUAAGCACAAAGUUGCAAGUUCCAUUAUGUUUGAGAAUAUUUUUUUCUUUUCAAGGAGUUAUGACCCAUGAUUAGCUUUGUGAUAUAUUUGGAUCUAUGUCUUGAUGAAGUCUGCUAAAAGACAGAAAUUGAUUCCAUCUAUUACUUUUUGCUUCUUUGAAUGAAGUUAUCUGCUUUAUCGUCUUGGUAAAACUAGUUCAUGAAUUCUUUCAUGAGUACCACACACUGUAUUCUUCUGUCUAUUUCAUAAGUGAAGCAAGCACUGAGUAGUAUUGGGUUAAAAAUAUACCGGUAUAUUAAAAAUAUUGUUUGUGCUAUAUUCUGCCUUUUGACCUCCUUUCCCAAGCUUAAUUAUCACCCCUUAAUAUAAAACAUUCCAUUUAGCUUCAGUUUCAAAAUAGAAUGCAAUCUGAAAACAUGCAAAGGUUUUGAUACAUUUUAAAGGAAAACUAAGUAACUAAUUUUUUUAAAAAAAUAUUCUCUUUUAGUGUAAUUUUUGUGCUUGCAUUUUGGUAGAAAUAACAUCUACAGUGGUACCUCAGUUUAUGAACACAAUUGGUUCUGGAAGUCUGUUCAUAAACUGAAGCGUUCAUAAACUGAAGUGAACUUUCCCAUUGAAAGUAAUGGAAAGUGGAUUAAUCUGUUCCAGACGGUCCGCGGAGUACUUAAACUGAAGCGUUCAUAAACUGAAGCGAACUUUCCCAUUGAAAGUAAUGGGAAGUGAAUUAAUCCGUUCCAGAUGGGUCCGCAGCGUUCGUAAACCGAAAAUUCGUAAACCGAGGUGUUUGUAAACCGAGAUUCCACUGUACUUAGAAGUUCAGCUCUAUCCAGUGGUGGUUUUGCCUUGGUGAAAAGUACUUCAGCUCAUGCACGGUCGCAGUUUUCACCAAUCCCCUUUACCCACCUAAGGCUCCCUAAAAAUAUGUUUCUGAGGGUUGGGUACCCUCUGGAACAGCAUGGGUUAUGGCACGGGCAGGAGAUUUCUGCAGAAACUGGGUUCUGUGAAUGAAAGCACUUCCCACUAAGGCAAACUCACUGGGAAGAAGGAUUAAUUGUUCAAUCACCCUGGGAGCUAUUGCUGUGUGAGGGAAAUAGGGGUCUUCUAACACCUCUUAGUACCUGUAGCAAACAUUAAGUUCCCAGAAUUGUUGGGGGGUAAGCUAUGGCUAUAUAAAGUGGUAUCUCCUUUGGCGAUCACUCGUAGCCGAGUAAGAUUGUCUUCCAUGAAAACAGUGAGUCUGUAAGUGACUCUGAAGGCCAAUUCUGGAUCCACACGUCCUUCCACAGUGGGGACAUAGUUUUCUGGGUGGGAGUUGAUCAUGGUGAGGGUUUGCCAAAUGUGCCUUACUCUUAGCUCGUUUCUCCUUAUCACCCUGAGUUUGUGCAUCUUCAAAGUCCACAACACCUUUGGUAAAGGCUGUUCUCAAAUUGGAACGCUCACAGGCCAGUGUUUCCCAAUUGUUGGUGUUUAUACAGUACUGUACUACAUUUUCUUUAAGAUUUAGAUUUAAACCUCUUUUGUUAACCACCAGCAUUAUGCUUUCCAUUCUUAAGUUGGGAAUAGAAUAGUUGCUUAGGAAGACAGUAAUCAGGUAUCCGAACAACAUGACCAGUCCAACUAAGUUGAUGUUGAAGAAUCAUUGCUUUGACAAUGGUGAUCUUUGUUUCUUCCAGUACACUGUCAUUAGUUCGCCUGUCUUCCCCAGUGAUGUGUAAAAAUUUUCAGAGAUACCAUAGAUUUAAUCUUUCAAGGAUUUAAAUAUUUAAAGUGGUAUGAUACUGCUUUAAAUGUAUAGUGCAGAUGGGGCCACAGUUGGCAAAUUCACUACAGGUUUCCCUAAGGCCAUACACUAUCCCCAAUCAAAAUAGGAAAGAAUCUUCUUAUGCCUCUAGUAAAUAGUAUAUGUCUAAGAAUAUUUUGUGUCUUAACAAAUAGAUUGCAGUUGUGAAUAAAUUCUGGUCACAAUGUUGGUUAUUUAGUUGAGUAAAUGAGAAGAUUUAUGAUUCGAAGAUCUAAUGUAGAAGUUUCUGUUGGGUAAAACAUAGUUCACCAUUGUUCUGAACAUGUGAAUGGUGUCUCCCUUUUUUGCUAGUUUUCCUAAAUGGCAAACCAGUAAAAUUAAAGAAAGUCUGAAAGAUACUUUAACCAUUUUUUUUACAUAUUUAGAAAAAAAAUGCUAGCAGAAUCCUCGAAUAUUUAGACAUGUGCAUGAAAUAAUUUUAUUCAAUGCCUUAUAGAAUCAGCUGGAUAUCCGAUAUUAUUGUUGUGGUGUCUCCGGAGAACGUUGAAGUAAUGAAGUCUAUUAUAAAAAAAUAUGGUCACAAACGAACAACAGUAGCCGAAGGUGGAAUGACUCGUCAUAGAUCGAUCUUCAAUGGAUUGAAAAAAUUUGCAGAGAGCCACCUUCUCAGUUCACCACUUCAGAAACCAGAAGUAGUAAUAAUCCAUGAUGCUGUGAGACCAUUUGUUGAGGAGGACAUACUUUUUAAAGUAGUUAUGGCUGCCAAAGAGCAUGGGGCAGCAGGAGCAAUCUGUCCUCUUGUCUCCACUGUUAUUGCUUCCUCUACUGACGGAUGUUUAGACCAUUCACUAGAUCGUGCCAAGUACAGGGCAAGUGAAAUGCCUCAGGCUUUCUUAUUCGAUAUAAUCCAUCAAGCAUAUCAUCAGUGCAGUGACUAUGACCUGGAUUAUGGAACAGAAUGUUUGCAUCUGGCACUAAAAUACAACAAAACAAAUGCGAAACUUAUUGAAGGGCCCCCUGACUUAUGGAAGGUGACCUACAAGCGGGAUCUGUAUGCGGCUGAUUCUUUAAUUAAGGACACUAUAUCACAACAAGUUUGUGUUCUCACUAAUAUGAAGGAAGAUGCCGUGCAAGUAGGAUUUCUCCUUCAUGAAACACUGAAGAGUCAUGUGAAACUGGUUAAAGCUGUAUCAACGUCCCUUUGCAAAAAUGAAAGUCAUCUACAAAAUGUAUUACUAGAACAAUGCUACAACUUUAUUUGCAUAAAUGAUAACCUGUCUAACUUCCAAGAAACACAUCAGUUAGUGGAAAUACUUGAAAACACAAAUGCUUCUGUUUUAUACUCUGUUGUUCUUAUCUCGGUAUACUUGGAUUUUUUCGAAAAUGUGUCUUUUAUCAGUGCAAUGCAAAGAUUCGCUAAAUUUGCAAAGGAAGCGGAAAAGAAAAAUAUUUUGCUAUAUGGUCUAAGUAUACAUUACCAAAAGGACAAUGUGAAGCUUCAAGAGACCAUGGAUUCAGCUGCUGCUCUUAUCAUGGGAUUAAUAAGAGACAGAAAUCCUGCCUACGUUGGACAGCUUCUAGUAGCAUGAAAAGGAGAUGUGAAGAUAUUUCAAGGAGGGGUCAAUGCAGGCUUUUUAAGUUGAAAUCUACCAACAGUAUAUUUAGGGUGGCAGAUAAAUAUUUAAGAGGGAGGUCUUAUUUGAGAUAUAGCUACUAUAAGGUUCAGAAUGCUAUGCUAUGUGUUACCUUGAGUGCCUUUGGGCAGUGAGAACUAAGGACUAUGAUUAAUAAGGUUGGUUGUAUUCUAAAGGGAUAUAACUGCAGAAGUGAAUUGUUUCAAAGCUGUGUGGACAUGAUCUAAGAGUGAAGUACUUUAAAUGCAGCUAUACCACGAGGAAGUGCUAAGCAUGUGUCACUCUAUUAUUACACUGGCUAAUUAAAGCCAUAAGAAUAGCCCAUCUAGUCCAACAUUCUGUUCUCACAGGGACCAACCAGAUGCCUGUUGGAAACCCAAAAGCAGGAUCCAAGCAUAACACCACCAACCAACCAUGUGGUUUAAGGCAACCAGUAUUUCCCUCACCUUCUCUCAAAUAACUUUCUGGUUUAAAUCAGGGGAAAUCAAUUACAGGUAGGGUUGCCAGACUCAAUAGAGGACAGGACUUCUGUGCCUUUAAUUGCCCUGCUCUCUUUUGAGUCUGGAAACCUUAAAGAGAA